CAUAAUUUACUUGGGCUAUGGAACUAACGGCUUCUGGUAGUUGACAUUGCUCUGCUUGCAAAUUACUGAGGAAAAGGAUCACUACCUGGAAGACCGCGAUUCUCUGCAAUGGGGUCAAUAAGAAUGAUAGAUAUAGCUGUUAACUUCACAGAUGGAAUGUUCAAAGGAAUAUACAACGGGAAGCAGUACCAUGUAGCCGAUAUAGCUGCUGUUCUGAACCGGGCUUGGAGCGCUGGUGUUGAUAGAAUAAUUUUGGAUUUGUGGUCACAGGUGACUGGUGGAUCUCUAGAGGAGUCCAAAGAAGCUCUGGCCAUUGCAGAGACUGAUGGAAGGCUCUUUUGUACAGUUGGGGUCCACCCUACCAGGUGCAAGGAGUUUGAAGAAAGCACAGAUCCAGAGCAGCAUUUUCAGUCUCUUCUGUCAUUGGCCCAAGAGGGAAUUCAGAAAGGGAAGGUGGUGGCAAUUGGAGAGUGUGGAUUGGAUUAUGACAGGCUUCACUUUUGUCCAGCAGAGAUUCAGAAGAAGUACUUUGAGAAGCAGUUUGAACUAGCAUAUGCCACGAAGCUGCCUAUGUUCCUACAUAUGCGUGCAGCUGCUGAAGAUUUCUGUGAAAUUGUGGCACGCAACAAGGAUAAAUUCAGUGCUGGGGUCGCUCAUUCAUUUACUGGCAGUGCGGAAGAUUGUGAUAAACUUCUUGCAUUCAAUAAUAUUUACAUAGGUGUAAAUGGUUGCUCACUAAAGAUGAUUGAGAACCUUGAUGUCAUAAAGGGUAUUCCUGUUGAGAGAAUGAUGAUUGAGACAGAUUCUCCAUAUUGUGAAAUCAAGAAUACUCAUGCAGGGAUUAAAUUCGUAAAAUCUUUGUGGCCCUCAAAGAAGAAAGAGAAGUAUGAUCAGGACUGCAUUGUCAAAGGCCGGAAUGAGCCUUGUUUAGUUCGGCAAGUUCUUGAGGUUGUGGCUGGCUGUAAAGGUGUCCAUGACAUAGAUCAAAUAAGCAAGACAAUUUAUCUCAACACCUGUAGGGUUUUCUUUCCCCAUGAUUUGGAUUCCGCUGCAGAUGCUCUUGAUGGUCGUCAUGAUUCUUAGUGAAGUUCUUAUCCUCAAGGAAGAUUUUCUUCUUGUAGUGGGAGAUCCUCAACAGCCCCCACCCCUUCUUUUUUCCUUUUAAAAGAUUGUGGAAGUAGGAACCAUAACGAGGCUUUAUCAUCUAAGGGUUCAGGCGUUCCCCCUGUUUUUUUGGUUUGGGUCAUUUACUUGGUUGAAUUCCAUAAUUUCCAAUUGUGCAACUGACAUUAUAGAACUAAGUUGUUGAAAAUGAAAACGCCAUUGCAAUGAA